AUAAAUGAAUUACUAUUCUCAGAUCCCAUUUUCUCAAGUAAUAUCUUGACUUCACCAUCCCAAUUUCAUUCACCACUUUACUUCCCACCUUCGCUAUUUCUCUUAUCAAAUCAAAAUCACCAACAAUCCAACAUUUACGAGCUUCGGUUUUUCUUUCGCAUUUCCAGAAACAAACUAGGGUUUCAAUUGAAUUCUUCUGCCCAAACCUUGUCGUUAUCAUCACCACAUAGAGACAUGGUUUAUCACUCUAGUUUUGUGGAUGAUGAAGGAGUGGACAGAGCCUGUGGAUGCCCUCUUCUUCCAUUAAAAAGCCACAUUAAGGGUCCCGCUCCUGUUUCCGAUCAAGAUAGAACUGAUAUUGUGGAUGAAGCGAUCACAUUCUUCAGAGCCAAUGUGUUCUUCAGAAACUUUGACAUCAAGAGUCCUGCCGAUAAGCUUCUAAUAUACUUGACUUUUUACAUUAAUGUUGCUCUCAAGAGGCUUGAAGGUUGUAGAACUUUGGCGGAAGGAACCAAAGCGAUUAUUAACUUGGGUCUUGAAAAUGUUCCUGUACCUGGAGAGGCUGGUUUUCCUUUUCCAGGUCUUUUUGUCAUUCCUCAAUCAAAUAAAGAAGCAGAAUUGUUCAGAAAUUAUUUGAAGCAGAUAAGGGAAGAAACAAGCGGGAGAUUACUGAGUGUUGCAUACAGACCUAAUGGCACUCCAAAUAAAUGGUGGUUGGCAUUUGCAAAAAGGAAAUUUAUGAAUGUAAUCACCCGUUGAACUGUUUGUGGCAAACAUGUAGUUGCUUGAAUUAUAGAUUAAGCUGUCAAAAAUACACUUCAACACUAUUGAUCUACCAAUAAAAAAAUAUAACGAUUACUGAGAGGCGUAUUGCUUCUCUGUUUUGAAUA